AUGCCUGUAUCAGUAUUAAAAAUCUAUCUUUCAUGUGCAAUAAUUCUGUUUCAUGACUUUCAAUGCUGCAUUGGUACAUGUGGUGAGGCUGAAUAUGAAGUGGAUGGGCAGUGCUGUCCAAUGUGUGGACCUGGUUUUCAUGUGUACAGACAUUGUACUGAUGACACAUCUACAACAUGCAAACCAUGCUCUACAUCCACUUUCACCAAUUCACCCAAUGGACUAAGUCGCUGUUUCCAAUGUACAGUCUGUGAUUCCAGUCAAGGGUUAAGAAUAAAGAAAGAGUGCACCUUUAUUGCAGACACCAUCUGUAAACCACGUGAAGGAUAUUACUGUAUUGACCAACACAAACACAGUUGUAGAGCAGCUGCUGAACAUUCAACAUGUAAACCUGGACAAUACAUCAUACAGCAAGGAUCAGCAGAUACAGACACUGUGUGUGGUGACUGUGUUGGUGAAACUUACUCAAAUGGUUCAUUCUCAUCCUGUCUGCCACAUACACAGUGUGAGAGUUCCGAUGGUGUUCUGAGAUGGGUAAAAAGGCCAGGAACUCAUUCAUCAGAUACUGAAUGUGAAGAAAUACAGAAAGUUGCCAUCAUACUUGGUGUUUUAUCUGGUGUAGUCAUCGUUACAGUGGGAUUAGCAUGUUUUACGAUACAUAAAAGGAAGACAGAAUCCAUCUUUGCCCCAAAAACAGAAAGACUGACACAACAGGAGCAGGAAGUGGAAACAGCUGUUUCAGCCAAACGGGCCCCUGUUGUGACAUGCACUGAAACAGCGUCGGCGCCACAAUACUGUUCCAUGCGCCACCGGGAGGAACGUCAUGAAAACCGACAGUAUUUUUAA